AAAGAUAGACCUCUGUCGCGUUCCUUCGAUCUCGGUAUUGAUCGGCCAUUUUGUUUUCAAUUUUGACAGAAGGAGAACGAACGAGACAGUACUUUUCCCUUUUUGAGGGUCCAGUUUGUGCCUCGAUGUCAGGAUUCUGUUUCACAAUAGACCUUCAUCCAUAUAAGCCUCAGUAAAAUACGACUGUAGUCUACAAAGAGGACUGUCCUCAAAGGCAGAAGGAGAGUAGAAGAAAAUGGAUUAGACUGUUGGAGAUAAUUAAGAUUUUGGAUAUCAUUUGAGUGAUCUACCAUGGCAGAAGGAAAAACACCAUUCAAGAAUCUUGAGUGUGAUCCAGAUGUUGAGGCUAUGGGAGAUGGUAGUGUGCCUGAUAAUGAGCAAAGUAAUUUGAACGACAUCCAGGUUAUUGACCUUGAAGAGACUCAUCAGAAUACCAUUACUUUGCAUCAACAAAAUGGAUGCAAUAGCUCCAAAGACAUAGGUGGAUUGAGAACUGAAGAGUUAACAUGCAAGGAGGAAGACAUCCAGAUAAAGAAGUACCAGUAUCCACAUAAAUCAAGUGAACUCUUACGAGAACUGAAUGACUUCCGUCUUGCAGGAAAGCUUGUGGAUGUAACACUGGUGUCUUCUGAUGAAAGAGCGUUCCCUUGUCACAGAGCAGUCCUUGCUGCCAGCAGCCCUUACUUUGGUGCAAUGUUCACUGAUGAUCUCCAGGAGAGUCGCAGUGAUCGUAUUGAACUGACCAACAUCAAAGGUACUGCUUUGGACUCUAUCAUCCAUGCGGUUUAUAGAUGUGAAGUCAAUAUCAGCAGUGAUUUAGUACAAGACCUUCUCGCUUCAGCACACUUCUUGAACUAUCCCCAUAUCAUACAAUCUUGCUGUCAGUUCUUGGAAGAUUCUCUUACACCGCAGAAUUGCCUAGGAAUCAUUCAGCUAGCUGAAACUUACCUUUGUGAUGAUCUUUGGACCCAGGCUUGGAAUUAUGCUCUAACUAACUUUAGAAAUGUUUCAUCCUGCAAGGAGUUUCUACAGUCAAAUGCAUUGGUCUUAGAACGCCUCGUUAGUAGCAAUGAAUUGAAUGUUUUGAAAGAGGAUGAGGUGCUAGCAGCUGUACUACAGUGGGCUUUAAAUGAUCAAAUGCAUAUCGAGUCUUUGCCAUCAGUUCUUGCAAAAGUGAGACUUCCUCUAGUGAGCAAUGAAUAUUUAACUCAGACUAUGAAUUCAUACCAAUUCCUGCAUGGCAAUGGAAAGUGUCUGUCGCUGAUCAGAGAUGCCCAGAACCUGAAAGAACUUGCUAGAAAUGGGAGUCGUCGCGAUCAUCCCCUCCUGAAACCAAGAAAUUCCAUGAGGACUGAGGUACUGGUAGUAGUUGGUGGGAUGGUAGACAAUAGAGAAUGGAUUACCGAUGUAUCUUGCUUCAACCCAAAGGCUAACCAAUGGUCACCCAUGGCUAACCUUCCAUUCGACCACUCUGACUAUGCAGCUGCAAGCAUUGAUGAUGCUAUCUAUGUAUCUGGUGGAUUUCAUCGCACCAAAGGAAAUAUCUCAGAGGUAUGGCGUUAUGAUGAGGUACAUGAUAGAUGGUCGAGGGUUCAAGACCUGAUACUGCCUCGUUUCAAUCACACAUCAAUUGGACAUGAUCACCAUAUUUAUGUGCUAGGUGGAGAAGAUGCCGAUAGCUCACUAACUGAGAUUGAGAGAUACUCACCGGCAUUGGACAAAUGGGACAUCAUAGGCUCCAUCAGUCCAACUGGAAGUGGUAUGGCUGUUGUAGCCAUUGGCCAAAAGCUCUACAUCAUUGGAUGGUUGACGAAUGUGAGAUUGAUGUGUGUUGUACAGUGUUUUGAUCUAGAGACAGCUGAAUGCUCCACCAUCCCCAGCUCUGGGCUCAACCGUCAACUCUUCCCUGCCGUUGCCCUCAAUGACUCUAUCUUCAUCCUGGGUGGUAAUCGCAUGAAAGAAGUGGCCAUCUAUGAUCCAGAGACUUUCAUAUCCACAAAGGCAGAGUCAAUGAAAUUCAAAAGGAAUACGCCUAGUGCCACAGUAGUUGGAGGGAAGAUCUAUGUGACUGGUGGUGAGUUGAGGCAGCAUGUUGCUAAAGUGGAGGCUUAUGAUCCUGACCUGGAUCUUUGGGACACUCUAGAACCCAUGCCACAUGCCGUUUGCUUUCAUGGAUGUGCUAUGAUCAAGAGGUAUCUAGGUCCACCAUAUUAUCCAUGAUGUUCUCAAUAUUCUGGCUGAGUGCCUGGUAGCCUGGUAAAAAAAUUGCUAAAGAUUGCCUGUACUCUUUGCACAGAUGAUAUGGUAAACUGAAAGGUAGAUGUGUAUACAGGUGAAAAGUGUCAAAUCAGGAUAACUCUUUCCUCUGAGAUUGUUUCAUUAACAUUUAUUUGCAGAGAGUAAAAUUAUAUCUGUUUUGGCAGAAAUUAUGAUUUUGAGGGGUACAAUAUCUUUAGCAAUUUUGUUUUGAAAUGCAUCAUUUUAUUAAGUUUUUGUAGGAGUUGGGGUCAAACACUUGAUACCUUCAAAACAUUUGGAGCAAUCUUGAGUGUUCCUCACUCUGCAACUCUCUGUGAUUCAAUUUGGUAAUGAAAUACAGGUGUUUAGUGAAAGAUGUUCAGAUCUUGGUCAGCAAAAAUCCAAAACCCAACAAAGAAUUUGCGAAGGAUGCAAAUGAUGGGGGGAAAAACAGCACAGUCCAAUUAUUAGAAAAAUCUCUUGCAUCAAUCAUGUCAUGAAUCUAUUCUUGUGCAAAGAAGAUUUAGAUUUGCAGAGGAAAAUGACACUGGCAUUAUUUUGUGCUUAAUGGAUGAAGAAUGUAGCUCUUAACCACCAUGUUUUGGGGUCAUUUCUUUGCUUUUAUUUGACCAAGACUGGUAUGUCAAGAUAACUAUCAGAAUGCAUAUAAUGUAGAAAAGGAAUGCUGGGCCAAACAAAGCAGGUAAUAAAAUCUAGUAAAACCCAGAGCUGUUGGUUUAAACAAACUACAGUACAUGUUUAAGCAGGAAAUUAUUUCCUAAUAUCUCCAAGUGAUAAAAGUGAAGAAAAAUCUAUUGGAAAAAUAGAAAUCCAGUUCUUCUUACAUAACUAUGUAACCACAACCAUUCUUACAUAAAAUGACGUCACCAACUUCAAAAUGGAGAAAAGCACAAUUAAGCUGCAUUUGAAGCUACAUGUAAUACUUUUCUCAAGCAAAAUUCUUAGCUGACAAGCAGUGAAAAUUUGUAAAAAUAUUGAGUUACUGUAUGUUUUCUAGCUUCACUAUUUGCUUCAUUCAGGGUCUUUAUUGUUUAGUUACACAACAUUCUGGACAAAUUUUUUUGUAAGUAAUAAAUUUGAUACAAAAGAAGGAGUUUUUGCUCCUUAAGGAGGCUUCAAGAACAUAAUGAAAGUAUU